AUGACUGUGAAUGAUGUGAAUGUGAAUGAUUGUCAAGAUGAUGUAAACGUGGAGGAUGUUGAAGCUAAUGUGAAUAUGGAGGAUGAUGAAAGUGGAACUGACCCUAAUUACGAAGAAAGUGAGGAAGAUGAUGAUGAAAGUGAAACUCGUCCUAAUUUAGGUCCUGAUGUUAGUGUAGAUUGGACAACAGUUCUUCCCAAUGAGAAAAUUGAACAUACUUCCAAAUAUAAUAUUAUUUUUGAUAACGAGAGUUAUGAUUCAGAUGAACUGCACACCCCACUAGAAAGUGAUGUUGAAGAUGAGACGGAGAGGUUUCUAACUUUUAAAGAAAACAAUAUAUUUGAGUUAGCGUGA